AUGGUGUCUUCUUCAAGUCGUCGCAAGAGCGCGAUGAUACCACUAGCACAAGUGGACGGUAUUCCUGAUAGUAUUCGCGACAGAAUCGAGCGCAUAACUGAAGAUCUCAAGGAAAUUAAGGAGUUUUACCCCAUCAAGAUCUCCGCGGCAAGGACCCUGCGAUUGAACCAGUUCCUCGAUUCGGAAUUAACAUCUCUUCGUGGUCAACCCUUCCAUUCUUAUAACCAACAGGAGAAAGUGGAUUAUCUUCUUGUCAAAAAUUACCUGCAAAGAGAGCUCCGAGAAUUGCAGCUAGAGUCCCUCCAAGACCAAAAAACAACGCCACUACUUCCAUUCGCGGGAACAAUAGUGGGUCUCUGCGAGAAUCGCGCUCUUGGGUCGCCGAUUGAUUCGAAAAUUGCUGCACAGGAGCUAUUUGAGUCCCAAGGCCAAAUUGAGGAGUUGGUCCAAAAAAUCAACACUGAUUCCAGUCAUUUCAGCAUCGGGAAGAAUUCCGCUUUUCGUGCUGCAGUCACUAUCGACUCUCUGCGUGAUCAUUUGAAAAAAUGGUUCGGGUUUUACAAAGGAUAUGACCCUUCGUUCGAUUGGUGGGUGUCACAGCCUUACGGGAUUGUGGAUGCUAGCCUUGAGACUAUCGCAUCUGCCAUUCGAGAGAAAUUAGUCGGUAUUGGCAAGCAAGAGGAGGAUGCGAUUGUAGGCCAGCCGAUUGGACGGGCCGGAUUGUUUCUCGAGCUUCAAGCUGAGAUGAUUCCAUAUACACCGGAUGAGUUAAUCUCUAUCGGGGAGAAAGAAUUCGUUUGGUGUGUCAACGAGAUGAAAAAGGCAUCAAAAAGUCUGGGCUUCGAUGACUGGCGUGAAGCGUUAGAACAUGUCAAGAAUGACUAUGUUGAGCCUGGAAAGCAGACACAACUCGUCCGUGAUCUCGUGCAAGAGGCUGUCUCCUUUGUCGAAGAACACAAGCUUGUUACUGUGCCACCACUUGCCAAAGAGACUUGGCAAAUGUUUAUGAUGUCGCCAGAACGUCAAAAAGUUAACCCGUUUUUCCUUGGAGGUGAUUCCAUUAUCGUUUCAUACCCAACGGCCACAAUGAACCACGAAGAUAAAAUGAUGAGUAUGCGGGGAAACAAUAUUCAUUUUUCUCGAGCAACGGUCUUUCACGAGAUGAUCCCUGGUCAUCACCUGCAAAUGUUUAUGAAUGCGAGACACAAACCCUACAGACGUCUAUUUGACACUCCUUUCUGGAUUGAAGGAUGGUCGCUAUACUGGGAGUUCCUUCUCUGGGACGACAAUCGUUUCAAGAAAACUCCUCAAAACCGCAUCGGAAUGCUUUUCUGGAGAUUGCAUCGCUGUGCCCGAAUCAUCUUUUCUAUUAAAUUCCAUCUGGGUAAAAUGUCUCCUCAGGAGUGUAUUGACCUUCUAGUUGACCAAGUCGGACAUGAACGCGCGACGGCCGAAGGUGAAGUUCGAAGGUCUCUGAAUGGUGACUACUCCCCACUAUACCAAGCUGGAUAUAUGCUGGGUGCCUUGCAAAUCUACGCUCUUCGCCAGGAAGUGGUCGGUUCAGGACGAAUGACGGAGAUGGAUUUUCAUGACCGAUUCCUGAAGGAAAACCGCAUGCCCAUUGAAAUGAUCCGGGCUUUGAUGCAGGACCAUCCACUCACACAAGACUUCAAAACUUCUUGGAGGUUCUAUCCUCUAUAA